UGGAUCCCGCAACAUGUCUGGCCCGAUCGGCCAUGUGACCAGUGCCGCGCACAUAAAUUACAGUGCUACACACAGGGAGGACAGCCCAAGUGCACAUCCUGCUUCAUCCUCGCCAAAGAUUGCAGUCUUGCACUCUCCCACCCAUUCCAUAUCGAAAGUCCGUCCGCAAACAAGACCUCCGGCACUUUCCGCCCGGUCUAUGAAGAUGUUGCUGUCGGGCAAGACACAUGCCUCGCUGCUGAGAUGGAUGCCGAGCAAGAUUUGCAGGGCGAGAACGCUGCGUCAUCCAUCCCUUCGGCUAUGAUUUCGGAGACGCCCAAGCGAAAAGGGAUCCGAUUCCCACGUUUCGCAGUCAAGAUCUUACGAAACUGGCUGGAAACACACAAAUCGGACCCUUAUCCCACCGAGGAGCAGCGGCUUCAACUGGAAUUGGAAACCCAACUCACACCGACACAAAUCACAAAUUACCUCGCCAAUGGCCGCCGCCGGCGGAAGAUUGCGGAGAAGAACAAAUCAAAGCUCGGCCGCUCGCCACGUCUGCAACCGACGACCAGUCCCAUCGCCAUCCCUAUCGCAGUAGACAAACCUUGGGACGAGCUCAACCCGCUUGAACGAUGGAGAAACUCGCCCCCAGAAAACGAACCUGCUGCCCUGAAUGAUAUCGUCUACGCCGUCGUUCAAUCCGAUCUACCCUCGGAGACGCCAGCAGAGGAGACGCCGAGUCAUGGUCGACGCGGUCAAGGCUCCAGCAGCGGCUCCAACCCCUCUCGAUUUCAUGCCCCCUCCACUGUCUCCCAGGAGACAUCUUCGGGGAUGACAUCGUCCAUGUCAGCGUCCAGCGCGGCAUUCUCUCAUGGAUCGUCUCGCUCGAAAUCGACGCAUGGCUCGUUUGGAUCGUUCGGCUCGAGCUUGAUCGGUAAGAAGGGACGGCAGCGGAAGCGGCGUGCUCCUCCAUUGUCCAAGACUUCAGCCGUGCAGAAAAGAAUAUUCCAAUGUACUUUCUGCACGGACACUUUCCGAACGAAAUACGACUGGACUCGGCAUGAAAAGUCUCUCCACCUGUCCCUCGAGAAAUGGAUCUGUGUCCCGGACGGACCGAUCAUCACAAACAGCCUGACAGGCGAACCGCGAUGUGCAUACUGCGACGAGCCGAACCCAGAUGCCGACCAUCUCGAAACACACAACCAUAAACAGUGCGAUGAGAAGGGUCUCGACUCUCGGACCUUCUACAGGAAGGAUCACCUCCGUCAACAUCUCCGCCUCAUGCACGGCUGCGAGCUCCGUCCCGCGAUGCAAUCCUGGCGCUCCACCGCCGAUCAGAUCAACAGCCGCUGCGGAUUCUGCUCGCAGCGCUUCGCCACAUGGUCGGAACGUACGGACCACCUCGUCGCGCAUUUCAAAGCCGGCGCGACCAUGACCGAGUGGAAGGGCUGUCGCGGGUUCGACCCGGCCGUCGCGGCGCAGGUCUCGAACGCCAUGCCGCCAUAUCUCAUCGGCGUGGAGACGGUCAGCCCGAACCCGUUCAGCGCGUCGAGGUGGAACACCACGCCCCUCGUCGUCGAUCGGUCGCUGCCGGAUGAUGAAAAUCUGCUGCGCGACGGCGUGCCCGAGAAGCCAUCCGGUACCCGGACAACUUGUUGGGAAAUGCUUACGAUUCACCUCGGCAGGUAUGCGAAGCAGAUGGCUGCCAAGGGCGAAACCGUCACGGAUGAAAUGCUGCAGGCCCAGGCUCGCCGGAUCAUCUAUGAUUCGGACGAUUCGUGGAAUCAGACCGCGGCGGACAAUCCGGAGUGGUUGGGUUUAUUCAAGAAGGCUUCUGGUUUGGACUUCGUCCCCACGGAAAUCGGUGGCCAGGGCGCUCGAAUCCCCGAUGAUCUCGAGACCUACGGCGACCUCGGCCUGCGCAUCCCCUUCGCCCUGCAACUCCAAGCCUUCAGCGAAUCCCUCAACGGCCUCGACGCCAAGCACAACGGCAUCAACCUCUCCUCCUCCCCACGGGACUCCCAUCGAGUCGCCAAACCGUACCAACGCGCCCUGGAGCUCCGCCGGUCCGACCUCAAAGAGAUCUACGAAGACCUCUCCUCGACCAACUCGGGCUACCAGGGGCCGCAGAAAUGCGCCCAUCGCAAAUGUCACCGCAACUACAUCGACGUCGCGCUCGUCGACGGCGUCUACACCCCCGGCCCGCGCAUGUGGCGCUGGUGCGACGCCGAAUUGGAACCCGAACGCGCCGCGCGCGUCACCAGGAAACUCGGCUCCGGAUCGAACAAACUCGGCCAUCUGCUCUCCCCCUCAUCGUUCCCCGCCGGCGGGGUCGGGGGUGCACCGGGCCUGCCCAUCGACACGCACGCUGUCUUCGACCCCCUCGCCCUCCCCGCCGAUACCGUCGUCGCCGCGAGCCUCCGCGCCGAGAGCAUCCUCCGCAUGCAGGACGAACCUACCACCCCGCCCGUGGGCCUGGACGGCCACUAUUUCCAUUUCCCGCCACCGAACCAUCAUCAACAGCAACAGCAACAGCAGCAACUCCUCGACCCGCGCUUACACCCCACCUCGUCGUCCACGCCAAACUAUGCCUUCGGCCUCGACGCCAUCGGGGAUAUCGGCCAGGACCUCUUCUCCCUCCAGCAGCCGCAGCAGCCGCAGCGGAAUCUCGCGUUCGACCCUAGCAGUAUCGUCAGAGAUGCUGCCACUACAACUGCAGGCUCCGCAUCGACGUCGACAGUCAGUCCGACCACGACCUCGACCGAUUUCUUCCUCGCUGCUCCGUCCUACACCCUGUUGCAGCCGCGACAGACCCCGACGAUAACCUCCCCCGAGACGAGCCUCGCGCUGUUCGAGAAUCAGGUCGAGGAGUUCUUCCGGCUGGAGGACGCCACCGUGGCCACCGCCCCUGCGCCUGCUGCCGGGGCUGAUAUUGGAAACGGCGUCGGGAUCGCAAUGGGGAACAGCCCGUCGACCAAAUCCCCUUUUGCCAUGGACUUGACGAGUGCCGGUGGAAGGAAUGGUGCGUUUGCCGGGUUGUGGAAUGGGGAGGAGGAUGCGGCGAUGAUGGUGUUUGGGGAGGGGGAGGAGGGGAUCUUUGAUCUGGAUUUGAGGAUGGAGGAGGGGGGUUGGUGAUGAUCUAUCAACGCGAGGACUUCACGGAAUUGAGGAGGGAGAGUCAUGGGAAUCAUGCGCUAUUUUUUUUUCUCCGGUAGAUUUUAUGGGCUAUAAUGAAGAUUUACGACGACUC